CACACACACAGUCCCACAGGCAUGGCACACACUGGGACCUGCAGUGUACAAAAUGAGAGAACUACCUGUCCUGUGCUUUUGGCUGAAUGUUUCGGAGGAACAGUGUGUUUUGCAGAAGAAGAGUAGAGGGGAUUGUUAUGCGGCUCACUUUUGAAGGGGUGUUCAGUUGAAGUAAAAGCAUGAUGUGCAGCAGGACACCAGAGCUAAGUAGUGGCCAGCUGAGAUGUGAAUAGACCUGAGCUCAUCUGUCUGGGAAGUAACAGGAAGACCUUUUUCUUGUUGCAACCUCUUCCCAAAGCACCAGAGGAUCAGGCACUAGCAGGGGACCAUGGUUAUGUUGAAGAUCUCUGCUUUCCUCGUUGCCUACGCCCUGGUCAUUUGCCAGAUGUACUGCUCACAAGCCGCCCCUGCCAGACCGGGUUCAGAGUCCAUGUCAGACCGAGUCACGCUCACGGACUACGAGUCGCGAAGGUUACUCAACGCCAUUGUCAAGGAGUUUUUGCAGAUGACGGCGGAGGAGCUGGAGCAGCAGGCAACCGAAGGGAACAGCAUGGACAGGCCCCUAACCAAGCGGUGCUCCAACCUCAGCACCUGUGUGUUGGGCAAACUGUCUCAGGAUCUGCACAAGUUGCAGACGUUCCCUCGCACGAACGUGGGAGCAGGAACGCCCGGCAAGAAGCGCAGUGCGCCUGAGAGCGACAGCUAUGCAAGCUACGGCGAGACGUUUGACAGCAUCUAACCCCUCCUCAUCGUCCCUCAGCCCCUCUUUUACCUUGAUUGCAUCUUCCUCUUCUUCCUGUCCUUCUCCUCCUUCCCUGUCCUCUUCUCAUCCCACUUUCUUCCUUCUUGUUUUUCUGGAUUGGCAAGUGCAUAAUGAUUUUAACUGCUUGAUUGACAUGAGAAGAAUAUAACUUUUUACCUUUUUAGUUGUCCCCCCCCCUUUUUCUUUUGGCAGAAAAUAAUGUGCCCUUGUAAUUUUUGAGACAAUCAGACUUACUUUUCAUAGAUGUUAUUCAGGAGCCAGUUCUGACAUCCAUCUCUGUGUACUGUGCCUGGAUAGUCAUUUGAUUGCAUUUCAAAAGUCACUGAAAUUUGUUGUGAGAGUUGAAAGAGAUCACUUAAUCAAAACAUCAAUAAAUGACCCACUCAUGCGACACCAUGUUUCUUGUUCAAUAAACGUAUUUUUCUACCAGGAA